CUUUAUUACAGUUGGUUGCAGUAGUUGAUAUUGCGCAGUUUGUGUAAGAUUUAAAAUUUAUUUUGCGAAUUUUCCGAUGUCUAAAAAGUAAAAAUAUGAACAAGGUUCUUCACAGUUCUGGUGUUCAGAGGAACGAUAUUCAUAUAUCAUUCUUAGUAGUAGGUACAGCAGAGUUACGUGAACAUAUAUCUGAUGGACUUUACAAGAGUGCGAAAGAAAGAGAAUGGCGCAUAGAAAUACAUAAAUGCGAAUCCAUAGUUCAGAUACUAGAGAAUAAUAUUUCUAUAUGCAUUGACUUUAUCAUCUUUGCGUUUGAUUCACGAAUGUCUAUAUCGUUAGAACAGAUCAAGAUAAAUAUAGGUUUAAUAGACGAUCAUUUUAUAAUCUCUGGUGCUUGCUGUUUGGUACAUGGUAAUGGCGUAUUAGAUGUUAUGGGCUUCGCAUUUCACAAUUUAAAAGAAAUACGUAAUAAGUAUAAGAUUCGAUUUUUAUCUGCCAAUACUUCUGAUCCUAACAGUUGUAUUAACUUAGGAAACAGAAUAUUAAAUGUAACAUCGACGAUAUUAGGUUUAGAAAGUCGAAUACCUACAUUAGCGAAUAUACCAUAAAACAUUUAAUGUACAUACACCUUCGUUCACAUAACGCAUUUUGUAAUCUCUUUUAGUGAUGUGCAAUUAAAUAACCUCUUGCAAGUUA